AUGGCGUCAAUUCUUCCUUAUGGCGUUGGUGAUGCCUCGUGGCGCCACGGCCAGACGUUGGUGCGACGCUUGUUCAAACCGCAGACUUUGGACUGGGAAACGGCAGUAUGGGAAAUGGCCCAGCUCGUGCUAAACCCAAAGAAAAUGUACAAAUCUCAGUACUACAAGCUGAUGGGGAAGCUGCGAGACGACCCCAGUUUCUAUAUCCUCGAAACCUUGUGCUUAGUGGUGCUGGCAGUGGCGUGGGGGCUCGUGUUUCUGCCGCACUGGUGGCUGGUGAUUAAGCUCGUUGUUUAUAUGGUAUUGAUUGAUUUCUUUGCCAUUGGGGCCGUGGUAGCCCUGGGGUUCUGGUUGGUGGUCAAUCGGUUGCUUCAGGGCUAUUCUACCGUCGAUUGGGGCUACUGUUGGGAUGUCCACUGUAAUGCGUUCAUUAUGAUCUGGUGCUUAAACUAUGUGGUGCAAUUGGUGCUUUUGCCGAUAUUCUCCUUUUCUACAGUGCUUGCAGUUUUAAUUGGCAACACGUUGUACUUGGGUGCGGUGGCCUAUUACUUUAUCAUUUCGUUUUAUGGCUAUAAUGCGUUGCCAUUUGCUACUGCCGCCACUACUCUGCAAAACCCAGUGAAGAGGAUUCAAACGGUGGUGGUGGCGGGAGUGUUACCGGCGUUGGCAGUGGUGUGGGUGGUGACGUUAUGCUUGGGAAUUAACCUCUCCCGGAUCACGAUAAACUGGUACUUCAGCUAA